UGGAUAUUGAGAAAGCGGGUCAAUCAGUUGGGGCGGAACUGGAGUCUGCGCCUGUGGCUUAUGUCCCCUGUUUGUAUUUCUGAAUGUCUGAGUCAUGCUUCUGAUUAUUUCAUUACUAUCUAAGAAGGACUUUAAAUAGUUUUUCUAGUGGUUAUGUACCAUUCUAAAAUGUCAUGAAAAUAUAUGACUGAGACUGCACUAUUAUUUCACUUUAUUCUGCUGCCCCUGGUGCCAUGGGGUUAGUCUUUAGGUACAAGUAUGUUACAUGACCAGUCCAAAAUCCGUUAGUACGAAAGUGCUUGUAAUGUAACAGGUUAUAGGACUUAAAAAGUAAAUGACUUCAUGGGGCUAUAUGUUUCUGGUCUCAAAACCUGAUUAUUGAUCGAUCUUUGGUUUAUCUUAUUUACAUAGCUUGAAUAGCUUAAGUUCAUGUUUACCCGUAGGAUCACUGUUAUUGUCGUUUCGCCCACGAAUCAUUGAUUCAAAUAUCUGGUUAUCCAGGUCAUGAACGAACCAAGUGUAUUUGAAGAUCACUGAAUAGAGAGGUGCUAGUUGUAGUGCAUACUGGCAGUUAUUGUCUACAGAAUUGUAUGACUAAUAUUCUAAAGGUGUUUAUAAAAUAUGUAGGAUAAUGAUAUUGUAGUAGACUGUAAUUUGCACCAUAUGAGGGUGUUUGAUAAUAUGCGUAGAUUGAAACAUGCGGUAGGUAUGAAUAUCUAAUCAGCUUCAGUAUGGUGAAAAUCCCCAUGGCAAGACUAUGAUUUAUGGACGAACCAAUAAGGUAUAAGAUAAUAGGCCUCGGAUAUUGGCGCGAAAUUCACUCAUCCAGUUUGGUUAACUAGAGUUUUGGCAUUACAGCUGAUGUAAGUUCGUGAUGAAAACCCGAAGUGUAAUUCUUAACGUUAAUCAUCAACUGUAAAAUAUGAUUAUGAUUCCUCACACAUCUUUAGAACCUUCAUUUGGUCAUAGAUAUUAGAUGGGCACUCUCAAGGUCAGCCUAGCUUAGCUCAGUGGUCGUCCACAAAUAACAGUCUCACCAAAUAAAGGUAUGUCUUAUCCUGAAGUAAGAAUGUUAGAAGGAUAAUAAAUGUGAACAUCGUAUAAUAAUUUUUCAGCAAGAAGUUGGAAAAUAAACGAUUUGGCGGGAACCAACAUGGUGACGAAUAGAAUACGUAGGUUUAUUCAGUUGAGGCAUGGCAUACGUAUACGCCAUUCGAAGUUGCCAUGCUUUGUGAGUAAUUAAUGACACAAAAAGGAAACGAAAAAUAAUCAUAUCCGUCGGACUGAAGAGGUGAAAUUCAGGAGCAUGUUCAAAAGCAAAUGUUUAAGAUUUUUAGAUGGUGUGUGCUGAAGAUGAUAAGGACUAGAUGUAAUUGAGCCUCUGUGACGAAUUUUUACUUUCCAAAUGUUCGACCACUGCCCUUAGACAUGCUGGUUCUGUUCAUGGAAGUUCGACUAAGUUUUACAUACUGCAAUAUUGUAUAUUGAAGUUUUGAAUGAAGUAUGAAAUGUGAGCUAGUUCCAGUAUAUUGUUGACCAUUACCCUGUACAAGAGAGUGAAAAUGAUUAUGUGAUGAGCAGGAUUGUGUAAGUUAUGCACCCACUUCUUGUCAUUUUAUUGAAUUGAUAGACUCGGUAUCAAAACACCAACUACAUAUUUGUGUGAAUAGUUUACGUUAUAGAGGAUAGGUUCGAUUCCCUCACUGAACUGUUCUAUGAUGGGAUAUCUAUCAGAGAGUGACCUCAUUUGAUGCUAGCCGUUUCACUUCUGUUAUCAAAAUAUCUGUGAGAUAGAGGAUUAGUUGACAAGCUCAGCUGUUAUAUUUCCGCGUAGUUUUCGUAAUGGUUAGUUCAAUUAAGUGUUGUUAAGUUUUAUUUUUGUUUUGGCUACUGCACAAUAUGCAUCAAUGUAUCUGUUGAUUUCUACUUUGGUAUCUAGUGAUUUUAGUGCCGAUAAUGAUCAUCGGUUGCUCCAAACUUUGUAAUCUACUGAAAUCAUCGCUUUAUUAUCGUAGAAUUCAACCGAUCACUGCUUGUAGCCUUUUGUUGUGGAGACGUUCCCAAUCACACUGCAAGGUCAAUUUAUCUACUCGUGAUCUUGUGGAAGUGGUUAACCAAAAAGCCAAAAUUCACAAAUAUAUAAAGCCACAAGAGCCUGAAGAACCUUUGUACGUGAAUAGCCUGGAAAGAUGUGAUUCAGAAGAGGAUUUGAACGUCAUAUCGGAAAAUGAUCAGUUGGAUUUUGGUGCUCUUAGUGCGGAUAAUGUGUGUCAACAACCAUAUCAUGAGUCACUUGUUAAUCGAUCAAUUAAGAACACAGAAAAAAAGUCAGUUAUCGAUGAACUAUUGAGUACUGAUGAAGUUGAAGAAGAUCCUGCUGACUGUUUAAGAUUAAGUAAAGUUUAUCGUCGUCAUCCUCCUGAACAUUAUUGUGAAUUAAUAAAACGUUAUUGUAAAGCAGGUGAUACAAAUUCAGCAUUAUCUGUAUUUUUCUCUGAAAUGUUGGAAAAGGAUCGUGUUCUUCCAUCGAGAUUUCAUGCUCAUAUGGUUCUGGAUGGUUUGGCCAGAGUUGGAGACAGUGAGAAUGCAUUUCGCGUUUAUAAAAAGAUGACUGAAUUGGGUAUCGAUGCAACCCAGGCAACUUACUCACGUCUGUUUCGCGCUUGCGCUGAGGAUAUUGCAACAUGGUUUCGAAAGAAUAGAACUUUUAUGCCACCUGUUGUAAAUCGUACUGAGAACCAUUCAUUGUUAUUACAGCGUAAAAUGCUGGCUCUUCAGAAAGCGUUGGCUCCAGACAUGUCACCAGAUAACUUUGGUGGACCUGCACUUCAUAAAGUGUAUCUUUUCUGGCGUCGUUUAAUGGAAAAAAAUAUCCCAAUGAAUCAAUUUACAUACAAUACACUUAUUUUGGCUCUUGCCAAAGCUGGUGAUAUUCAUGGUUGUCUGCGUGCCUUGGAUAUGAUGUUGGAAACUGAAAAGUCUGAAUUGUUGUAUCGAAGAGCACAUGGAUCUGAAAAUAAGGGGUUGGUUCCCAGUGCUUACACGAUAUCAUCUAUACUCUCGGCUAUUGAAAUAGCGACUGCGAAGAGAAAUCUCGAAUCGUGUCGUCGACGUAUGGGUUUAUCGAAACAAUCAGCGAACUCAAACGAUGUUUUCAAUCGUGUUAGCCCAUUCCAACUAGCUUUAUCUUUAUGGCAUGAUUUAGUUCCAUUGUCAAAUAAUGAUGUUGUUCCGCAUCAUUUCACUUUACUAGCCAGAAUAAUGGGAUUGCAAAAUGACUGUUUGGAUGCAAAUAAUAAUUGUGAAAUAGUUUUUGUGAAUAAUACUCGUUAUAAGUCAUUUCAAGAUAUAUUUAAACCUUCUUCUGGCGACUCAUCCAGUUCUGUAAAUCUAAUACAUCCUUCCUGUACAUCACGUGAAUUGGCGUCAAUGAUGAUUGCACAAGCUACACAAUCUUCAUUAUUAAGCGGCACGUCUACCGUUGAAUUAAAGUCGACCAGUAGUGAAUCAAUGAUUGACGAAACGCCGGAAUCCCUUCAGUUUGAUUGGAAUGAUACAAUGUUAGCACUUCGUAGCUCAAUAAAUCUUCUUUUGCCUACUGAUAAACCAAUAGUAAUUUGUGGACCAAAAGACCAAUGUAUGUAUCCUUGGCAACGUCUUGCUCUCGUUGGUGGAUUGUAUGGUCUCCUAGAUACUGUUGAAAAUCAUUUCAAAUUGAAACUGAAUAAUAAUUUUUUUGCGCAUACCGUUCGUUUAUUGCCACCACCAGUGAAAUCUGAUCAGUGUUACACAAACGAUUCUUUUGAUACUUGGGAAACAGAAGUUUUAAAUUUACUUUCAAAGUUUAAACUAACUGCUGAUACUGCAUUAUACAAUUCUUUUAUCCAUCGUAGAACAUCAUCUGGUUUGAAUGCUAAUCAUUUAUUAGCAGAUAUGACUCGUAAAGGGUUAAUUCCUGACCAAAUUACUUGGUGUUGCGUAGCUCGAGGUUGUCAAACAAAAGAGUCAGUUAAACAACUUCUACGUGGAUUUGAGAUUGCUGCUACAACCCCACUAUCUUCCAUUGAUUUGGAGACUAACAGUAUACCUCGUGAACAAAAUAUCCACUCACAAAUCGUUAGACCAAGUUUCACAUUCUUCAGUAAUUUACUAUCAACAUCUGGAUUUGAUUGGGAGUUGAAGGCAUUUGUUAUUGAAUAUAUGAGGUGUCCAAUUCACAUAGAUGAUUUGUCUGAUAAGAAAUCUGCCAUACCGAAACGCGAUGUAUAUGGAAACCAAGUAUCCAAUCAUUUCGAUGGAUUUGUGUUAGAUCGCCGAGUAAUCGCAUCUAUUGAUAUAGAUAUUGGUUUGUUUCGAGAGCUUUUGGCGAAUGGUGUAAUUCCGAAAGAUGGUUCACCUGUUCACGAAUCAAAAACUGGUGGAUUUCAUGUCUAUCCAAAUGCUGUUCGUUCAUUUUAUAGAUUUUAUAAGAUCUAUAAAUCUUGGCUGCGUGAAAGUCCUGUGGCGAAACCUUGUUAAUGUAUUUAUGCAUAUAUAUUGUAUAUAUUUAGAUAUAUGGGGAAGCAAUGUAACUAUUUGCUGGAAUUGUUGUGCAUAAUAAUCUGUAUUUGUAGAUACAAUUGUUUUGAAAG